CUACAUCCAAGCUUUUGAUCAUAACUCACCUCACUGACAUUAAGCACAUUGCUACUAGAUAUCGGUGCUUGAGCUCGUUUUCCCUUCGAGCCUUUUGAUUUCAUUUUGCCCUGCAAGCAUAUGAAAUAAAACAGUUAGAACAUUGAAUUGUCAUUAACGCUAAUCUGCACACAUUCAUCCGGUCCCAGCUGAUGGUUUUCAGUUAAUGGAUUAAGUUAAGUUGUUCCAUCCAAAUUUUUGCAGGCUUCAAUAGAGCUGGUUUAGCCAAUGCUCGUCCCAACUGAUGGAAGAGGAGAAGGCACGAGGCUCUAUGUGUCCAAUCUGAAUUAUACGGUGGCGUGCUUGUUUUCCCCCCUCUAUUUUGUACAGAACAUGUUGUGAUCUUUAACCAAAAACACCACCAUAUAUGCUGAAACCUGAAAGAGCAGAGCCACGUAAAGACCUUCUGCUACUUCUCUUUGUGUAGGCUUCUGUUUGAAUGUAUAUAAAUCAGCUAGUGCUGCUUCCUUUCAGAUGAUUACCGGUAAGUAACCCCAUGUUCACAUAUGCUUCAAUGGGCUACUUUGGUUGUGUAUAUUUUCCUCUUUCUGCCGAGAAGCAUGGCUCUGUUCUUCUGGUAAAGUUGAUGCAUCCUAAUCUGGAUUAUGGGGUUACUAGUCAGGACAUUAAGGUAAUCAAACUGCAUUUCUUGGUUCCCUCUUUCAAUGGAUUGCUUCUUUCUCAGGAGGAAUCGAAGGUUGAUUAUAUGGGUUUCGAAGACGAAAACCAUGACUAUAUGGGUUUCGAAGAAAUCACACUAUUCAAAUAUAGAACCAAAGGAGAAAAGCAUACCUGAUCUCGCCGGUACUGGUGUUUUUGACAGUCGGCCAAAGCACCAGAGCUCUGAGAAUAGGAAAGAUCGAGAUGCCUUCGAUCCUAGAAAUCUCCCGCCUCUUGGUGUAUUUGACAGUCCGCCAAAGCUGGGGAAGAUGGCGCCGUGGAGAGAAGAUGGCGGAAUGAGAGAAGAUGGCGUCGUGUCGUCGCCGUCUCGCUGAGUGAAUAGCUGUUGUCGUGUGUUGUGUGGUGAGAAGAGGCGUCUGGCCUAGAUUAGGCGCAUUAGGGAUUAGCGGAUUGGUUUCAAACCGCAAACGAGCGGUUUGGGUCAAUCCGAACCGUGAACUGCCAAGGAUUAACGAUCAGACCGCAAAUGAAACGUUAGUUUAAUG